AUGAGUCAAAAAAGUUAUAAAACCAAAACUUUCCGGAAUAAGAUAGUUAAUAAUAGUGAUGAAGAGGAGGAGACACAGUCUCAAAGAAGUACAGAUCAGUCUUUAGCUUUGGGCAUUGCCCCUCAUAAACUGAGUUUUUUUGACGAGACAGAAGAAUCUGAUAUAACAGAAUAUAGUAAACCUCUGAAACGUAUUUCAAAAGAUAUUCCAGUCAAUCAAAGAAUCCGUACUCAAGGAACAAAAUCAGGAACCAGCAUAGAACCAAAGUUAUCUAAUGAUCAAACUUUGGAAAAUUUAGUUAUUAAAGGUGCAAAUAAAAGGCUCGAGAUUAGAAUAAGUGUUCAAUCGGGAAGAGGGUUAUUUGCUUUGCAAAAUAUUUCUCCUGGCGCUCUUGUUAUCGAAGAUAUACCCUAUGCGGCCGUUGUAGAUGACUCGAAUUUUUUUACAACCUGUAGUAAUUGUUUUACGAAAGGUGGAAAAUUGUCAUGCUGUUCGGCUUGUAAAUUAGUUCAUUAUUGUUCUCAGGAAUGCCAACGUAAUGAUUGGUCAAAUCAUCAGCACGAGUGUAAAGUUUUUGUUAAAGUGCAACGAAAACCACCUACUUCAAUUCGUUUACUAUGCCGGAUCUUGAUGCGUCGUAUGAGUGAACCGGCAUCUUUCAAAGAGAUCGAAAAUUUACAAAGCAAUAAACAUUUAUUCAAGAAAGAACAAAUAGAAACAUUUGCUCAAAUUUCCAUGGUGGUUCGUGAUUGCGUACCAAAAGAUGCCUUAUUAUCUGCAUCCGAGAUGAUUGAAUUAUUUUGUCGCUUUACAGAAAAUAGUUUCUCAAUUUUGGAUGGAGAAAUGAUACCCAAUGGUGUAGCAGUCUAUCCUAAUGUAUCUUUAAUAAAUCAUUCUUGUCGCCCUAAUUGUAUUAUCAUUUUUGAAAAAUCAAAAAUGAUAGUUCGAUGUAUUGAACCUAUUGUGAUAGGUCAAGAGAUUACAAUUAAUUAUACUGAUUUGAGUCAAUCAGGUGAAGAACGACGAAAAGAAUUACAAGAUCGUUACUUCUUUCUAUGUCGAUGUGAAUUAUGUGAAUAUUAUAAGGCAAAUAAUAUAUUUAGACAUCCAAGAAGCGCGUUAAGGUGUCAAAAUCCAAACUGUUUGAAUGCAAUUGACCCCCCGGAAUUAUUGGAAUUGGGAAUCGAAGAAUUUUCAUCAACGUGUUCAAUGUGUUCAAAGAAUUUACAUUAUGAUGUAGCUGAUGUAGAAAAAAAGUUAUCAAUAGCUAUAGAAUUGUAUGAUAAGGGAACAAAUUUACGCGACAGAGAUGACCGUCAAGCAAUAACUUUUUUCGAACAAUCGUUCAACAUCCAAUAUGAGCUUUUACAUAAAGCAAAUUAUUAUUUAAUAAGAACGUGUAAAUCAAUGGUUGAAAUAUAUUGUAACCUAAGAGAUUGGAAGAAUGCGUUAAUUCAUUCAUUUGAAUUAAUUGAAUCUUAUAGAAUACUAUAUAGUAAAUUACAUCCAUUAUUAGGUAUCCAACUUUAUUCUACUGCAAGAAUUUAUUUAUCAUUUAAUGAUAAUGAAAUUGAUGUUAAAAAACUUGAAACAAUUGAAGAAUUAUUAAGAGAAGCAUUAAAAAUUUUAGAAAUUACUCAUGGAUUUAAACAUCCUCUUACUAAAAUGGUUGAAAUGAAUUUAUGGGAUGUUGAAGAGGAAAAAGAACCUAGUGCAGAAACACAAAAUCAAUCACCCAAAUAUGCAUUGUUUAUGAAAGCAAAAAUGAUUGGAAGGAAAACAAAUAUAAUGAUUGAUACAGACACAGUAAGAAAUGUAAUAUCAAAAGGCUUCCUAAAUGAGAUUGGACUAGAGAUUGAUGGAUCAUCAGAUAGAAUGUUGAUUAGAAUAAGCGAAAAAUUACAAUACCGCUAA